AUGGACAGAGUAAAGGGAUACGUCACAAAACGAAUCACUCAAAUAUCAGACCUAAUAAAGGCAGAGGGUGACUGUUUCGACUUUGUUCAGCUUCGAGGAUCAGCAGCGGAAAAUUUGAAGAUAGAUCAUCCGGAUGAAUUUGAUUUUGUUCUUUUUAAUCAAAAGUAUAAAGAUAAAAUUACUUUCAACGAAAAACAAAACCUGCCUGGAUUUGCGUAUGCAAUGCGACAAGCUGCAACUUGUUUCGAGAAGUAUGUAAAAAUAUCUUUUCCACGAGAGUUAGACCAUAGUUAAAGAUGCGGUACAGUCCGCAUGUAAACAAAGGCUUUGUUUACAUUUCGGUAUCCAAAAUAUAUAUAAUUUUAUUCGACAACUAUUUAUAUUUUCAUGAUUCUAGAGUAUAAUAAAUUAUCAAGAUACAACAAUAAAGCUUUGCAAGAAGAUAAAAUGAAAUAAAAACCUAAAUAAACUGUUCGUAUAAUAAAAAGAGGGCUCCUUUGUGCACAUGCGCAGAUCAGACUGUACAGCAUCUUUAAUAGAAUAGAUGGCUUGGCCUCAUUAGAAUAACAUUAUAACUUUUUACUGUGUCUAUAUGUUAGUCAACGUUUAUGCAAAAAUGUGGUCCUUUGUUGUCACUUGGGCGCCCCAAUCUUUUCCCCACCCCCACCUAUAAUAAGCCCUCCACUUCAGAACCCAGGGGCCAAAAAUGGAGGAAAUACUGUAUGUCAACUUUCUUUUAAUAGGUACCAGCUUACAGAUCCUAAAGGUGCCAUCGAUCCAGUACAAGUUAGAGCUCUCAUGAAAAAUCUUGUGGUAAAAGCUUUGGACAAACUAGAAAUUACAACAACAGUUACAGAAGUCGGACCGGCGAUCAAUUUUGAUAUACCGUCCAGAGAAGCGUCCUUCCCAACAAUCGAUAUCGACUUAGUCUUGUACAUACAACAAGAAAAUUGGCCAGCGACUGCGACUACCCCUCUGAGCCCCGAACUGAGAGCGUUAGGCGUUGGACUUGUUCCAAAGGUACUCGAAGAAGACAACAAAGUGUGGCAAAUUUCAUUUUCUGCUAUUGAAAUACAGCUUUUCAAAACCAUCGAUGCAGAUGGAGGAAUCCGAAGAAAACUGCUGAAAAUCAUGAAAUAUUUGAAGUUAGUUACCGAAUGGCCUAAAACCGUGUCCUCGUACCACUUGAAAACCAUCAUAAUGAAAACGAAUCUGGAUCAUCCCGACAAAGCUUACUGGACCGAUUCCAAUCUUGUUACCCGCUUCAGAGAAUUGCUUAAUGCUUUCCUUAACGCACUGAAAACAAAAACCUUACCAAGUUUUUUUAUUCCCACAUUUAACUUAUUGAAAGGUAAAGAUCUCACGGAGGCUAUCCAGAAAGUCGAGAAAUUGAUUGAAACUAUUAAGACGAACCCCAAUUCUCUAUUCCCACCUCAAAGCGCAAUGUGUAAUCCGUCGCAGACGUCUUCUUCUGCCAGCAACAACCCACAGAAAAAGAGAUCGUUGAAGAAGAUGUUAAGAAUCCAUAGUUAA